GGAAGGGGAAGCAGGACUGCAGAGAGGAGCAGGUGGGUGAGGUGGUGGAGGCAGCGCUGAGCGGCCCCGGGGAGCUGUCGCGCUGCAGGCCGUGCUGGACGGGAUGGAUGCAAAGGCAGCAGCCCCAGAGGUGGCACUGAGACCUCCACAGAGACCUGUGGGGACCCCCUCGUGGCCCUGCUCCUCACCCCACCCCAGCCCACGGGACAGUGAAGCCAGCAUGGUGCUGAGGAUCCUGGCUGUGCUGUGCUUGGGGACCCUGACUCUUAUCUUCCUCCUGUGGCAAGCACCCCCUCCUCCCACCUGGGUCCAGGGAUACCCCGAGGAAGAACCCACUGGGUCCCAGGGCCAUGGCUCCCACCUGGCCUGGGAGCACUGGGGAGAGGAGGCGAGGUCCAGGCGGCAGGACACAUGCCAGCUUGUCCUUGUGGAGAGCCUCCCCCAGGACUUGCUGUUGGCGCCCAGCCCGGCAGCCCAGCCCCUGGCCCAGGCCUGGCUGCGGCUCCUUGACAGCGCCCAGGAGAGUGUCCACGUGGCCUCCUACUACUGGUCCCUCACGGGGGCUGACAUUGGCAUCCACGACCCGUCCUCCCAGCUGGGAGAGGCCCUCCUGCAGAAGCUACAGCAGCUGCUGGACAAAAACAUCUCCUUGGCCGUGGCCACCAGCAACCCGACACUGGCCAGGAAGUCCACAGACCUGCAGGUGCUGGCAGCCCGGGGUGCCCAGGUGCGGCAGGUGCCCAUGAGGCAGCUCACUGGGGGCGUUCUGCACUCCAAGUUCUGGGUCGUGGACGGGCGGCAUGUCUACGUGGGCAGUGCCAACAUGGACUGGCGGUCCCUGACGCAGGUGAAGGAGCUUGGUGCUGUCAUUUACAACUGCAGCCGCCUGGCCCGAGACCUGGAGAAGGCCUUCCAGAUCUACUGGGCGCUAGGCGCGCCCCAGGCUGUCAUCCCCAAAGUCUGGCCUCGGAACUUCUCGUCCCACAUCAACCGUUUCCAGCCCUUCUGGGGCCGCUUCGAGGGGGUGCCCACCACUGCCUACUUCUCGGCCUCGCCGCCUGUGCUCUGCCCCCAUGGACGCACGCAGGACCUGGACGCGCUGCUGGCGGUGAUGGGGGAGGCCCGGAAGUUCAUCUACGCCUCCGUGAUGGAGUACUUCCCCACCACUCGCUUCCAACACCCUGCCAGGUACUGGCCAGUACUGGACAAUGCCCUGCGGGCAGCAGCCUUCAGCAGGGGUGUCCACGUGCGUCUGUUGGUCAGCUGUUGGCUCAACACAGACCCCACCAUGUUCCCCUACCUGCGGUCCCUGCAGGCCCUCAGCAACCCCUCAGCUGGUGUCUUUGUGGAUGUGAAAGUGUUCAUCGUGCCGGUGGGGAACCACUCCAACAUCCCAUUCAGCAGGGUGAACCACAGCAAGUUCAUGGUCACGGAGAAGGCGGCCUACAUUGGCACCUCCAACUGGUCUGAGGAUUACUUCAGCAGCACCUCGGGUGUGGGCCUGGUGGUCAGCCAGAGGGCCCCCAGCACCCAGCCAGGGGCUCCCACUGUGCAGGAGCAGUUGCAGCAGCUCUUUGAGCGGGACUGGAGCUCCCGCUACGCCGUGGGCCUGGAUGGACAGGCCCCGGGCCAGGACUGCACCUGGCAGGGCUGAGGCCAGCCUUCCAGCUCCACUACACGCCCUCCCUUCCCCUCCCCCGUCUGGGCUCUCAGCAGCUCCUCCUGCCCAAGUCUGCUCAAGGCUACCACCGCCCUCCGAGCCUUUGCAAGCCCUGUUUGCUCUCCAAAUCCAGCCCCUCCUGAGCCUCAUCUCUUCCAGGGAGUCCUCUGGGAGGCCCCUCCCCUGGCUCCCACUGCGAGGCCUAAAGAUAGAUAACUCCGCGUGCUUCCCCCUCCCUCUGUGAGUCCAGCACCGCGCCAUCCUCCUCCACCCCAGGCUGGCGGUCCCGCCCUAGCACCCUGCUCAGGCCCGUCUCCACGAGACCGCCAGUGACC